CCCGCGUUUCCGCGCGAAAAAGCGGCCCGCGCGUAUUUCUCAGCUGCUAGCGACAAUUCAUAAAGCCCCUCCAGUGAGCGCUGCUGUUGGCACUGUCAGAUCUCAAUCGCCGCUUUUAUCUGUUGUUGUUUUAAAUCGUGUUUUUAAAUAGUCACUUUCUUUGAUCAAACUCGAACUUGAAAUGCCUACCAGGACCUCAUUGUCUUUGCCAGAGGAUGUCAAGGAACGGCUGCAGGUGCUGGAUGAAGGCGGAGACAGUUUGUCAGAUGAGGAGUGUGUAAAGGAAAAGCUCAGGUUACUGCAGGAGUUCCUGCUCACUGAUACUCAGGACCAGCUCAAAAUCCUUGAGGACAAGUUAAAGAGCUCCGAGCUUUCUACUGAGGUUUACAUGUCAGAGGUGAAGGCCGUGCUGAAGAAAGCUCUGGGAGUUGUCAAGGAGGAUGAAGGAGUGGAGCAGAACAGACAUUUGAACGGCUUCUCUGAAAAUGGGUCUCACAAAGACGAGGGCGAGCAGGAGGGAGCCAUGGAUACUCAGGAGGAAGGAGAUGCUAUAAAGUCUCCCAGCGCCCCGAAGGGAAGGGGCGGCCGUCGCAGUAAAGCAGACUCUGAGCCCAAGAAAUCUCCAGCCAGUACCAGGGUCACGCGUAACUCUGGAAAACAGCCAACUAUCCUUUCCAUGUUCUCUAGAGUCCCAAAACGCAAGUCUGAUGAGUUGAAUGGAGAAGCCACAAAUGGUGAGGCAGAAGUGAAGCCUGAGGAAGAUAUUACAGAGGAGAUCCAUGAAGAGAAACGCCUUAAAACAGAAGAUGAAAAGCCUGAUACUGAGAACACUACUAAUGGCAAAAUCAAGCCUGUGUCCGCAGCCAAGACCCCUCCACCAAAAUGUCCAGACUGCAGGCAGUACCUGGAUGAUUCAGACCUCAAGUUCUUCCAGGGAGAUCCUGAUGAUGCUUUGGAUGAACCAGAGAUGUUGACUGAUGAGCGUCUAUCCCUCUUUGAUGCAAAUGAAGAUGGUUUUGAAAGCUAUGAAGAUCUGCCCCAGCACAAGAUUACGAACUUCAGUGUGUAUGAUAAACGUGGACACCUGUGUCCAUUUGACUCUGGCCUCAUUGAGAAAAAUGUCGAGCUGUACUUUAGUUGUGCUGUUAAGCCCAUAUAUGAUGACAACCCAUGCAUGGAUGGUGGGGUUCCUGCCAAGAAGCUUGGUCCCAUCAAUGCUUGGUGGAUCACUGGUUUUGAUGGUGGGGAGAAGGCUUUAAUUGGCUUUACCACAGCCUUUGCUGACUACAUCCUAAUGGACCCCAGUGAGGAGUACUCCCCCAUUUUUGCUCUGAUGCAGGAGAAGAUCUACAUGAGCAAGAUUGUGGUUGAAUUUCUCCAGAAGAACCAAGAUGCCACAUAUGAGGAUCUGCUGAACAAAAUUGAGACUACGGUUCCACCUGCUGGGCUUAACUUCAACCGCUUCACCGAGGACACACUUCUGCGCCAUGCCCAGUUUGUGGUGGAGCAGAUGGAGAGUUAUGAUGAGGCUGGAGACUCGGACGAGCAGCCCAUCAUCAUCACUCCCUGUAUGAGAGACCUGAUCAAGCUGGCUGGUGUAACCUUGGGCAAGAGGAGAGCAGCCAGAAGACAAGCCAUCCGUCAUCCCACCAAGAUUGAAAAGGACAACAAGGGCCCAACUAAAGCCACCACCACUAAACUGGUCUAUCUAAUCUUUGACACAUUUUUCUCUGAUCAGAUUGACCAGAACAAUAAGGAUGGAGGUGGUGUGAAGAGACACCGUUGUGGUGUCUGUGAGGUGUGUCAAGCACCAGAUUGUGGCAAGUGUUCCGCCUGUAAGGAUAUGAUCAAGUUUGGAGGCAGUGGCAGAAGUAAACAGGCCUGUCAGAAGAGGAGAUGUCCCAACCUGGCAGUGAAAGAAGCUGAGGACGAUGAGAAUAUGGAUGAGGAGGAAGUGUUGCCGGUUAAGGAGACAAAAAAAAUGUCUCAGGCAAAGAAGAAAAAACAGACAAAGAAUAAGAUCAGCUGGGUGGGCGAGCCCAUCAAGACUGAUGGAAGGAAGGAGUACUACAUGAAAGUGUGUGUGGAGAAUGAGAUAGUGGAGGUGGGAGACUGUGUGUCUGUCAGCCCUGCUGACCCAUCACAUCCCCUCUACUUGGCCAGGAUCACGGCAUUGUGGGAGGAUGGUGAGAAGAUGUUUCAUGCGCACUGGUUUUGCCGUGGUACUGAUACGGUUCUUGGCGAGUCAUCAGACCCUCUUGAGCUCUUCCUUGUUGAUGAGUGUGAAGAUAUGCAGCUGAGUUUCGUCCAUGGCAAGGUCAACGUCCUCUAUAAGGCUCCAUCUGAAAACUGGUUCAUGGAGGGUGGAAUGGAUGACGAUAUUAAAGUGAUCGAAGAUGAUGGCAAAAGCUUCUUCUAUCAGCUCUUGUAUGAUGGUGAUUGUGCUCGCUUUGAGUCUCCUCCUAAGGUCACACCCUCAGAGGACAGCAAGUAUAAGUUCUGUGCCAGCUGCGUAAGGAAUAAGGAACGAGGUGUUCAGGAAGUGCCUAGUGUCUAUGAACCCCUGGAGGAUGAGGAGAGUGACUCUAAAGUCUUCUAUGGUUUGGCAACCCUGAAGGGUGAGCAGUACAGAGUAGGGGACAGUGUCUAUCUCCCCCCAGAGGCCUUUAAUUUUGGGGCGAAGGCUGUAAGCCCAGUGAAGCGUUCUCACAGGAAGGAUUGUGUUGAUGAAGAUCUGCACCCAGAAUACUAUAGAAAGUCCUCAGAUUACAUCAAGGGCUCAAACCUUGAUGCACCACAGCCCUUCCGUGUUGGGCGCAUCAAAGAAAUCUUCUGCAACAGACGCUGUGAUGGGAAGCCAGACAGAAUGGAGAUCAAACUGCGUCUCUAUAAAUUUUACAGACCUGAAAACACUCAUAAAGGACCAAAGGGUGCCUACCAUUCUGACAUAAACCAGCUCUACUGGAGUGAUGAAGAGGCGACCGUAAACAUGGCAGAAGUGCUGGGCCGCUGUCAAGUGGAGUAUGCAGAGGACCUGGUGGAAAGCGUGCAGGACUAUUCGAGCAAAGGACCUGAUCGCUUCUAUUUCCUAGAGGCAUACAAUGCCAAGACGAGGAGCUUUGAGGAUCCUCCCAAUCAUGCCCGAUCAGCAGUGCAUAAGGGCAAAGGGAAAGGAAAGGGGAAAGGUAAAGGGAAGGGUAAAGCAGCCUCACAGGAAUCGCAGGAUCAGGAGCCGCAAGAGACGACAGUCCCCAAACUGCGCACACUGGAUGUGUUCUCUGGCUGUGGUGGACUGUCUGAGGGUUUCCAUCAAGCAGGUAUCUCGGAGACAAACUGGGCCAUAGAGAUGUGGGAUCCUGCUGCUCAGGCAUUCAGGUUAAACAACCCAGGCACCACAGUCUUCACAGAGGACUGUAACGUCCUGUUGAAGCUGGUGAUGUCCGGAGAGAAGACCAACUCGCUUGGACAGAAGCUGCCACAGAAGGGGGACGUGGAGAUGCUCUGCGGUGGGCCGCCCUGCCAAGGCUUCAGUGGAAUGAACCGCUUUAACUCGCGCACAUACUCCAAGUUCAAGAACUCGUUGGUUGUCUCGUAUCUGAGUUACUGUGACUACUACAGACCCAAGUUCUUCCUGCUGGAGAACGUGAGGAACUUUGUGUCAUUCAAGCGCUCCAUGGUCCUGAAGCUCACUCUGCGCUGUCUUGUUCGCAUGGGCUACCAGUGCACCUUUGGUGUGCUACAGGCAGGGCAGUAUGGGGUGGCCCAGACCAGACGUAGGGCGAUUAUCCUGGCUGCAGCGCCGGGUGAAAAGCUGCCCCGCUUCCCUGAACCCCUGCACGUGUUCGCCCCACGUGCUUGUUCUCUUAGUGUGGUGGUUGAUGAGAAGAGAUAUGUCAGCAAUGUCACUCGUGGAAAUGGAGGCAUUUAUCGCACCAUCACAGUGCGGGACACAAUGUCGGACCUCCCAGAGAUCCGUAACGGAGCCGCAGCUCUGGAAAUCUCCUAUAACGGCGAGCCACAGUCCUGGUUCCAGAGGCACAUUCGUGGCUCUCAGUACCAGCCCAUCCUCAGGGACCACAUCUGUAAGGACAUGAGCGCCCUGGUGGCGGCCCGCAUGCGCCACAUUCCUCUGGCUCCUGGCUCUGACUGGAGGGAUCUGCCCAAUAUUGAGGUGCGGUUGCGGGAUGGCACCACCACAAAAAAGCUUCGCUACACCCACUCCGACAAAAAGAAUGGCCGCAGUGGCACCGGUGCCCUGAGAGGAGUGUGUUCCUGUGCUGAGGGAAAACCGUGUGACCCUGCAGACAGGCAGUUCAACACGCUGAUUCCCUGGUGUCUGCCUCACACGGGUAAUCGCCACAAUCACUGGGCUGGUCUGUACGGCCGUCUGGAAUGGGACGGGUUCUUCAGCACCACAGUUACCAAUCCUGAGCCUAUGGGCAAGCAGGGACGUGUCCUCCACCCUGAGCAGCACCGUGUGGUGAGUGUCAGGGAAUGUGCACGCUCCCAGGGAUUCCCAGACACCUACCGCUUUUUUGGUAACGUCUUGGACAAACACCGACAGGUUGGUAAUGCUGUGCCUCCACCCCUCUCCAAAGCCAUCGGCCUGGAAAUCAAGAAGUGUGUGCAAGGGAAGAUGGAGAAUGCUACAGAACCUGUGAAGCAGGAGAAGAUGGAGGCUUGCAACUAAAGCCAUCUCGCCAUUAAACCGCCGCACAUUUACAUUGUGUUUGGGAGCGUCUUGACGCAUCGGCCCAUUAAACUCAUUCCAUUUAUCCAUAAGCUGGUCCGGAGCUGACCACUUCAGUGGCAUUUCAAUGGACAGUCUGUGCAGUGCCAUUAUGUGAUGUUUUAUCAAUUUCUAAAUGUGAUUUUAACCAUGUAUUUGCAAUUAUCCACUCUGAGACAGGGGUAUUAAAUUCUAUGUAGUUUUUAUAUGUUGUAAUAUUUCAAAUAAAGCUCUUAUUCAAUGGUUUUAAA